CGGAGCCCCAGGCACUUACAGUAGAGGAGGCACCUAGAGUGGCAACAGAUUGGAGCCAUGCCUUCUGCAUACAGAGGGAAGAAAAGAAUUCCGCUUCCGAAAAGAAAGCAGCUCAAGGGUAGGAAGCCUCGGCCUGUAAAGAAGACGUGCCAUUUCAGACGUGGAGCGCAGGCAAAGCCAAAGCCGGUCAAGAAGAUUGGAAAAAGGAAGCCGAACUCCCCCGCCCUGAAUGAUUCCAAGACCCUGCAACAACUUCGAAAGGACAACAUGUACAUGACCACCAAGGCCAAAGGGAUAAUGAUUUCUUUUGUAAAGAACCUCUACAAAUGGGUCUCCAUUGAAGCCGAGCGCCUGAGGAGGGAGAAGAAUCGCCCCAGCAUUGGUUUCAUCGAAAUGCGGACAGCCCUGAGGAGCGUUAUGCCAGGGAAAUGUAAUAAAUGCAGAGGAAGCACCCCAAAAGGUGGGGGCCCUCGCUUUCUGAAGACCUCCUAAAGAAAAACCCCUCCCCUUCACCCUGGGGUGAGGAAGAACUAAUAAAAAGGGAGAAGGGAGAGGAAUAUAUCAGAAGCACCCCAAACCCCCAAACCCCCAAACCCCCAUCUUAUAUUGCCAAGAAAAUAUAACCCUCAUAAUAUGGCAGUUCUUCAACAAUGGGAUGGAGUUGGAAGGAGGAAAGUUGGAUGAACCAGUGGAGCUCAGGUUAAAUAUAUAACUGUACCACUGCACUGCAGCAAACUUCACAAGCCCUUACCAAACAUUCCACCACCACCCUUUGGCCCGAGCAAGUGGGAGAACUUCCAUAAUGGGUAAAGACAGACAAGCAUGUUAUACGUAAGCGAGAGAGAGAAUUGUCUAUGAAUCAAAGAUCAUAACAUGCAGAACGGACAGGAGCUAAUGCAUUCUUUUGUAUUAGAGAUGUGAGAGAUUUUCCAUCCUUUAAAACUGAAGAAUUGUAUUGUGAGUUGUUAUUCUGAGGGCAUUAUAAUAAAAAGUGGAUUUUUGAAUAUUU